UAUGUCAGCGCCCGUGAGAACCUUGGUGAGAGGACUGAUUGAAAGUCAUCGAGUUAUGAUGUUCUCCAAGUCGACUUGUCCGUUCUGUCUACUAGCCAAAGACACACUGAGGGAAGCUGGCGUCAAAGACUUCAAUGUGCUUGAGAUUGAGUUGAGGCCUGACGCUCCUGAUAUACAGAAAGUGUUGUACAACAUGACGGGGGCGUCGACAGUACCCAGUGUCUUCAUCGACCAGAUGCAUAUAGGAGGUGGAUCAGACAUACACAGCAAGUAUGAGUCUGGAGAAUUGGUGAAGUUACUACGAGAGAAAGGGUUGAUCAAUGGAGAGACAAUGUCGUGAUGUUAGGGAGAAAAACGCAAAAUCGCACAACUGCCACGAAAAAGGAUUUUAAAAUGAUUGAAUACGGGUUUACAGAGCUCCUUUUAACUUGUUAUCAUAGUUACCAUCUUUGUUAGAUUUCUGUACAUGUACAUUGUAAGGAUUAGUUCUUAUGUCUGACAGAGACUAGACUAUUUUUAUUCAACCUCUUUUAAGUUGUAUGGAUUUGAAUGACGAAUAUGUUUUCCAUAACUCACCCGUCAUGCCCUGGUGAUUAUAAUAAUGCACAGACUAAUAUCCAGUUUAGAUCCAUUUCAUGUACCGGUUGUUUUCUACUGUUCCUGUGGAUGCAUUUAUAAUCACGUACACCCAAAUCAGAUGUCACUAGGCCCAAGGCAUUGUGCCACCUACUCUUGGGGCUGAAACAGGGUAAACCCCUUUAAAGUCUGUAAGGAUGUAGGCUUGUGUAUCUUUCACUAUAGGAGCCGGGCUGGUAGAGCAGAAUGCAAUGGUAGUCAGUGUUGCUUCGACUCAGAUUUCACCCAGAUACCUCUGUGCAGAGCAGACAUUUCUGACUUGCCCUUCUGUGAGCAGACAUGGAAUUCACUUUCUGUUCAGAUUUCAUAAUUUAUACCAAAAUGCAAAAGAUAUACUACACAGCGACUCGUGGUUUAAAAUAGUCCAUAGCUAUCUCUUUAAUCCUGCAAUUAUUAUUCACUCAAAUAAUAUCCAUUUAAUUAUUUAAUACAGUAAAAACCAAAUUGCAUGAGUUGGAAAGUACAGUGUCAGAUACAGGUAAAAAUCAGGGUAUGUAAAAUAAAUUGCAAUAAAAACAAAAUGGCAAUUUUAAAUUGUA